AUGUCAGAAUUCCCAGACGCCAAACGACACAAGACCCAGGACACCCAGGACAGCCAAGACACGCGAGAAAAACAGGAAAGGCGGGAAAGGCGCACAUCCGACUGGGUAUACCUCACCGAAUGGGUCAAUGUCACCACCCCCUCUUCCACCUCCGCCUCCACCAGAAACACCAGCGACACCACCGCCACCGCCAGCUCCGGAACACCUUCUAGAAACUUACAUCCGAAUACCCAUCACCGCCGCCGUUCUUCCGCACUUCUCCCUGCACUUCCCAAAACAGACAGUAAAAACGCCAACGACAAUAAUAACAACGACAACGAAUGGAUCCACGCCUCCGCCCCUCCGGAUGAAGACUUCGAAUUAAUCCAGGAGGAGGUGGAGGGAGAAGGGGAGUGGGACGGUGCCGAUCCGGAGGAGGAGCUGAAGGAGCGCGCGUGGCAGGUGUUGAUGGGGUGGUUGGUUGAGAGGGUGGGGGUUGAGGUGUGA